AAAGAGGGAGCCAGCAGCUGGGAGAUCUCCAGGUUCCAGAGAGAAAAGUCCCAACUCCCUCGGAACUUUGUACUCUAUUUGGGAUCCUUUUAUUUCUCCUGGUUCCAGGUUUCUGGUGUUUACAAGGAAGCCAGUAGCUCGGAUUGCUCAAGCAGUGCAGUGGAAGGCAAAGGACUUGGUAGAGAGCUCAACUUGGAGCCGGUAACAGGUGAUGGAGACCAACUGCCGCAAACUCGUUUCGGCUUGUGUGCAAUUAGGCGUACAGCCGUCGGCCGUUGAAUGCCUUUUCUCCAAAGACUCAGAAAUCAAAAAAGUCGAAUUCAAUGAUUCCCCCGAGAACCGGAAAGAAGUGGCUACCAGCAAGCUCUUCACCAGGCAGCAUCCCAAUGCCAACGGGCAGCCACGUUCGCUGGAUUCCUCCAAGCACCGGCUGGAGGUGCACACCAUCUCAGACACUUCCAGUCCCGAGGCCGCAGAAAAAGAUAAAAGCCAGCAGAACAAGAAUGAGGACGCCGGGACUGAGGACCCAUCCAAGAAGAAGCGGCAGCGGAGGCAGCGUACCCACUUCACCAGCCAACAGCUGCAGGAAUUAGAAGCCACCUUCCAGAGGAACCGCUACCCCGACAUGUCCACCCGAGAAGAGAUAGCCGUAUGGACCAACCUCACGGAAGCCAGAGUGAGGGUUUGGUUCAAGAAUCGCCGUGCCAAGUGGAGAAAGCGAGAGAGGAACCAACAGGCCGAGCUAUGCAAGAACGGCUUCGGGCCCCAGUUCAACGGCCUCAUGCAACCCUACGAUGACAUGUACCCGGGUUACUCCUACAACAACUGGGCUGCCAAGGGCCUCACCUCGGCCUCUCUAUCUACUAAGAGCUUCCCCUUCUUCAACUCGAUGAAUGUCAACCCCCUAUCUUCACAGAGCAUGUUCUCCCCGCCUAACUCCAUCUCGUCCAUGAGCAUGUCGUCCAGCAUGGUGCCCUCGGCGGUGACUGGCGUCCCGGGCUCCAGCCUCAACAGCCUGAAUAACUUGAACAACCUGAGCAGCCCAUCGCUGAACUCAGCUGUGCCAACGCCCGCUUGCCCUUAUGCGCCGCCGACCCCUCCGUACGUUUACAGGGACACAUGUAACUCUAGCUUGGCCAGCCUGAGACUGAAAGCGAAGCAACACUCCAGCUUCGGGUACGCUAGCGUGCAGAAUACGGCGUCCAAUCUGAGCGCCUGCCAGUACGCGGUAGACAGACCAGUGUGAACCCCAGGACCACCAAAGCGCCUAUCCAGAAAGCUGGCGGGAGGGCGACUAGGGGGGUUGUGAGGGAAACACAGGUUUUUAAAUACUGAAUGGGAAAAUCCCUUCCUGGAAAAACUGAGAAUUCUACUAGAAAGUAAUGAGCACACAAAAAAAGAGAGGGAUCGAAAGAGAGAAAGACUAGGAAACCAUUGAAAUAAAAAGCGCUCUUUUGUUUUCAAAGGAAUUUCCUCAGUUUCCGACAUCUUUCACUGAAAGUAUUUCCAACAGUAACAAGGACAUAUAUAUAUAUAUAUAUAAAUAUAUAUGGACAAAUGUUUGACUGGAUAUGACAUUUAAAUGUUACUAUAAGCUUGUUAUUUUUUAAGUUUAGCAUUGUUAACAUUAAAAAUGAUUGAAAGGAUGUAUAUAUAUGGAAAUGUCAAAUUAAUUUUAUAAAAGCAGUUGUUAGUAAUAUCACAACAGUGUUUUUAAAGAUUAGGCUUUAAAAUAAAGCAUGUUAUACAGAAGCGAUUAGGAUUUUUCGCUUGCGAGCAAGGGAAUGUAUAUACUAAAUGCGACACUGUAUGUUUCUAACAUUAUUAUGAAAAAAAAUUUGUGUGAAUAUCAGUUUUAGAAUAGUUCCUCUGGUGGAUGCAACGAUAUUUCUGAAAACUGCGAUGUAAAACUUGCCCUGUGUAUAACAUUUCUUACUAUAUUAUUGUUUUACUUUUCAGUAAACAUGAAAAAAUGUGUUUUAUUUCAUGGGAGUAAAAUAUACCGCAUACA